UAGGGGAAGGACACAUGAUGACCCGCCCCGCCUCUGGAAAGCACCCCCAGCCAGGUCCCCCCCUGUGCUGAUGAUUUUCAGGGACUUGUUGGCAACUCAGCGAGGGUUGCCAUAGCUUUUUUAUGUAGGGUGACCAGAACCGGCUGAAACUGGUUUGAGGCAGAUCAGCUCCUGAACACAAUGCAGUCACUGAGCUCCUACAGUGGGAUAGCAGCUUCCUCCCUUCAUGGCAGCCAAAAGCAGAGGCGCUGGCAGGAAGGUUCCAUCCCAACACAGUAUGUGAAUGCACACUUAGGCACCACACAGCACUGGUACGUGACGAAUGGAGCCCUGAACGAGUCUGGCUAGAGAAGGUGGAGGAAAAGGGGCAGGUUUGCAGGAUCUGAGGUUACGUGGGCUUUUCCUGCCUUUUUUCUUUUUGCUUAAGGGAUGGACAAGGAGCUGAGAUUUAUGACCCUUAUUAAAGGAAAAAGAAAUAAUGUGUCUUGCCAAGGUGGGGACACUUGGCUUAUGCAGGCUCUCGUGGUCUGUGAUUUUAGCAAAACCAAACCAAACUGAGCUGAUGGGGUUGUAAUGGUAGUUUGUUUGUUGCUGGGGAAUGCUGCUUGCAUGCCUUUCUUCUACAGGCUACGGGCUCUGUUCUGUUUUGUAUUUUUUUUUUCUCUUUAGAAGCUACUAAAGGGUGUUGGGGCUACUUCUGACUGUUAUGAAGUCCAAAAGGCCUGUUGGCUGGGGCUGCUUUUAACCCUUUCCUAUUUGCAGAGAAUGCAACCGUGCGACAGUAACUGAACAGUGGUCCACAGUCUUUCCAAAGGGUCAAGGUUCAAAAGCCCCCGUACAACUGCAGCUGGAACAGAGGUCAUCCUGACGCCAAAAGCAGGAAGUACCAGAACACAUUUGGUGUUGCUGCUUCUUCAUUGCUGGACACCUCUGCCACUCCUCCUCCUGCUGCUGAUCUUGGUCCUUGCAAGCUGGGAGCAGCAGCGCCCACAGUGAAUGGGACAUCUGAUCAAAUUCAUGACCAUGGGGGAUAUGAAGACCCCGGACUUCGAUGACCUCCUGGCCGCGUUUGACAUCCCGGACAUGGUGGAUCCCAAAGCAGCUAUUGAGUCCGGACAUGAUGACCAUGACAGUCAUAUUAAGCAGAAUGCUCAUGGUGACGAUGACUCACACACACCAUCAUCUUCUGACGUGGGAGUUAGCGUGAUCGUCAAGAAUGUGCGCAACAUCGACUCCACUGAGGGUGUAGACAAGGAUGGCCACAACGCCACGGGCAACGGCCUGCACAAUGGCUUCCUCACGGCCUCUUCGCUCGACAGCUAUGGCAAGGAUGGGGCCAAGGCCUUAAAGGGGGAUGUGCCCACCUCUGAGGUCACCCUGAAAGACUCCGCCUUCAGCCAGUUUAGCCCCAUCUCCAGCGCUGAGGAGUUUGAUGACGAUGAGAAGAUCGAAGUGGAUGACCCUCCUGACAAGGAGGACGGGCGUCCAGGUUUCCGGACUGCCCUGUUGGCAGGCUCAGCUCCACAGCAGGACUAUGAGAAGCUGAAGGCCCUCGGAGCAGAAAAUGCAAGCAAAACGGGACACUCUUCAUCCAGCAGCACGGAAAAGAGCAAGGCUGUAAAGAGAGAGACAGACACAAACUCCAUCCACCUGAGUGUCUAUGAACCUUUCAAAGUCAGGAAAUCGGAGGACAUACUGAAGGACAGCACCGAGAAGGUGCUGGAAAACAGAGUCCUCGAUGGCAAGCUGAGCUCCGAGAAGAGCGAGCCUGGCCUGGUGGGUGUAGCACCAUCCAAGAACAAGUCAUCCUCCAAGCUGUCCUCAUGCAUCGCAGCCAUUGCUGCCCUGAGCGCCAAAAAGGCGGCAUCAGACUCGAGCAAGGAACCCGCAGCCAAUUCUAGGGAAUCUUCUCCGCUGCCCAAGGAGGCCAGUGACAGCCCCCGGGCUGCCGACAAGUCUCCCGAGACCCAGAGUCUCAUUGACGGGACCAAGAGGGCGAGCCUCAAGCUGCCAGACAGUCCCCGGAGUGUCUCGAGCGAGAACAGCAGCAAAGGGUCCCCGUCCUCUCCCGCGGGCUCCACGCCGGCCAUCCCCAAGGUCCGCAUUAAAACCAUUAAGACAUCCUCUGGGGAGAUCAAAAGGACUGUGACGAGGGUGUUGCCGGAAGUGGAUCUUGACUCUGGGAAGAAGCCUUCUGAGCAGACGGCGUCCGUGAUGGCCUCUGUGACGUCCCUGCUGUCAUCGCCAGCCUCGGCUGCGGUCCUCUCCUCCCCUCCCAGGGCACCUCUGCAGUCGGCAGUGGUCACCAACGCAGUUUCCCCCGCUGAGCUGACGCCCAAACAGGUCACCAUCAAGCCUGUGGCCACUGCGUUCCUCCCCGUGUCUGCUGUAAAGACAGCAGGGUCCCAAGUCAUUAAUCUGAAGCUCGCUAACAACACGACAGUGAAAGCCACGGUCAUAUCUGCGGCCUCUGUCCAGAGUGCCAGCAGUGCCAUCAUCAAAGCUGCCAAUGCCAUCCAGCAGCAAACUGUCGUGGUGCCGGCGUCUAGCCUGGCCAAUGCCAAACUCGUGCCAAAGACUGUGCACCUUGCCAACCUUAACCUUCUGCCUCAGGGUGCCCAGGCCACCUCGGAACUCCGCCAAGUGCUAACCAAACCUCAGCAACAAAUAAAGCAGGCAAUAAUCAAUGCGGCGGCCUCGCAGCCACCCAAGAAAGUGUCACGGGUCCAGGUGGUGUCGUCUUUGCAGAGCUCAGUGGUGGAAGCCUUCAACAAGGUGCUGAGCAGUGUCAAUCCAGUCCCAGUUUACAUCCCAAACCUCAGUCCUCCCGCCAACGCAGGGAUCACGUUACCGACGCGGGGCUACAAGUGCUUGGAGUGCGGUGACUCCUUCGCACUUGAAAAGAGCCUGACCCAGCACUACGACAGGCGUAGCGUGCGUAUCGAAGUGACAUGCAACCACUGUACAAAGAACCUCGUUUUUUACAAUAAGUGCAGCCUCCUGUCCCACGCGCGUGGGCAUAAGGAGAAGGGCGUGGUCAUGCAGUGCUCCCACUUAAUUCUGAAGCCAGUCCCAGCAGAUCAGAUGAUCGCUUCCCCAUCAAGCAAUACUUCAGCCUCCUCCGCCACGGUCCAGAGUGCCACGGCAGCUGGCACGCACACCGUCACAAAAAUCCAGUCUGGCAUCACGGGGACAGUCAUCUCUGCCCCUUCCAGCACCCCCAUCACCCCAGCCAUGCCCCUAGACGAGGACCCCUCCAAACUCUGUAGACAUAGCCUGAAAUGUCUGGAGUGCAACGAGGUCUUCCAGGAUGAGACGUCGCUGGCGACGCACUUCCAGCAGGCUGCAGAUACGAGUGGACAAAAGACUUGCACUAUCUGCCAGAUGCUGCUUCCUAACCAGUGCAGUUAUGCUUCACACCAGAGAAUCCAUCAGCACAAAUCUCCCUACACCUGCCCUGAGUGUGGGGCCAUCUGCAGGUCUGUGCACUUCCAGACGCACGUCACCAAGAACUGCCUGCACUACACGCGGAGAGUUGGUUUCCGAUGUGUGCAUUGCAAUGUUGUGUACUCGGAUGUGGCUGCACUGAAGUCUCACAUUCAAGGCUCUCACUGUGAAGUCUUCUACAAGUGUCCUAUAUGUCCAAUGGCGUUCAAGUCUGCCCCAAGUACACACUCCCACGCUUACACACAGCACCCUGGCAUCAAGAUAGGAGAGCCGAAAAUAAUCUAUAAGUGUUCCAUGUGCGACACUGUGUUCACCCUGCAAACCUUGCUGUAUCGCCACUUUGACCAACACAUUGAGAACCAGAAGGUGUCUGUUUUCAAGUGUCCAGACUGUUCUCUUUUGUAUGCACAGAAGCAGCUUAUGAUGGACCAUAUCAAGUCUAUGCACGGAACUUUGAAAAGCAUCGAAGGGCCUCCAAACCUGGGCAUAAACUUGCCUUUCAGCAUCAAGCCUGCAACUCAGAAUUCAGCAAAUCAGAGCAAAGACGAUGCCAAAUCCAUGAACGGGAAAGAGAAAUUGGAAAAAAAGUCUCCAUCGCCAGUGAAAAAGUCAGUGGAACCCAAGAAAGUAGCCAACCCUGGGUGGACGUGCUGGGAGUGUGACCGGCUGUUCACACAGAGGGACGUGUACAUUUCCCACGUGAGGAAGGAACACGGGAAGCAAAUGAAGAAGCACCCAUGCCGCCAGUGUGACAAGUCAUUCAGCUCAUCACACAGCCUCUGCCGCCACAAUCGCAUCAAGCACAAGGGCAUCCGGAAGGUGUACACGUGCUCGCACUGCCCGGACUCCAGGAGGACGUUUACCAAACGGCUCAUGCUGGAGAAGCACAUCCAGUUGAUGCACGGCAUCAAGGACCCCGACCUGAAGGAAAUGACCGAAGCCACCACUGAGGAGGACGUCGAGGUCAAAGAAGACGCCGAGGUCAAACAGGGCAGAUGUCUUGUGGAUCGUGAGGUUCCCAGUCCCAAGCGGAAGUUGGAGGAACCUGUUUUGGAGUUCCGGCCUCCCAGGGGAGCCAUCACUCAGCCCCUGAAGAAGCUCAAGAUCAACGUGUUUAAGGUGCACAAGUGCGCCGUGUGCGGCUUCACCACCGAGAACCUGCUGCAGUUCCACGAGCACAUCCCGCAGCACCGCUCCGACGGCUCCUCCUACCAGUGCCGUGAGUGCGGCCUCUGCUACACGUCGCACGUCUCGCUCUCCCGGCACCUGUUUAUCGUGCACAAGCUGAAAGAGCCGCAGCCUGUGGCAAAGCAGAAUGGGGCGGGCGAGGACAGCCAGCAGGAGAACAAGCCUGGCCCUGAGGACGAGACCGCGGACGGCGCCCAAUCAGACCGCAAGUGCAAGGUGUGUGCAAAAACCUUUGAAACGGAAGCUGCCUUAAACACACACAUGCGGACACACGGCAUGGCCUUCAUCAAAUCCAAAAGAAUGAGCUCUGCGGAGAAAUAGCCCCAGCUGCC